AGUUAGUCAGUAGGAAACACACCUUCACAGGUAACUGGUGUGAAGGUGUGGGUGAUCACUUGUAGGCUCACUGAGAUAUUUGUUUUUGCACUCAAGACCGUCAAUAGUAAAAAUAGAUCAUCAUGAUUUUUCUAAUGGACCUCCAGAUGAUGCUGCUGGAUGUGAUUUACUUCAUCCUACGCAAUUCUGUGAGGAUCGUCCUGCGCCCCCGCACCAAGCCCAUUGAUGGUGAGCUGGUGCUGAUCACCGGAGCAGGUGGUGGCCUGGGUCGUCUCUUUGCUCAGGAAUUCACCAAGCAUGGGGCAGAAGUUGUGCUGUGGGACAUCAACAGCAGCUGCAAUGACGAGACAGCCAAGCUGGUGCAUGAAAAUGGAGGUAAGGCGUACACGUACACGGUGGACGUGACCAACAGGGAGGAUGUGUAUCGCAAAGCAGACCUUGUACGAAAGGACCUGGGCCGGGACAUUACGAUUCUGGUGAACAAUGCUGGAGUGGUGGCUGGGGCGCGUAUGUUGGACUGUCCUGAUUUGCUGAUGGAGAGGACCAUGAAAGUCAACUGCCAUGCUCACUUCUGGACAGUGAAGGCCUUCCUGCCUCAGAUGAAGGCCCAGAAUCAUGGACACAUUGUGACCAUCGCCAGCGUCCUUGGCCUCUUCAGCACAGCUUGUGUCGAGGAUUACUGUGCCAGUAAGUUUGCUGCAGUGGGUUUUCAUGAGUCUCUGGCCCACGAGCUGAUUGCUGAUGAGGUUGAAGGAGUAAAGACUACCCUUGUGUGCCCCUAUAUCGUGGACACAGGCAUGUUUGAAGGCUGCAAGAUACGGGAGGAAGUGGAACUGCUCCUGCCCCCUCUGGAGCCCCAGUACUGCGUGGAGCAGGCCAUGAACGCCAUCCUGAUAAACCAACCAUUGGUGUGCAUCCCUCGCCUCACCUACCUGGCUUUCCUCUCCAGAGCAUUGUUGCCAUGGGAAUCCAAUGUGGUUGCAUAUCGCUUCAUGGGGUCAGACAAGUGCAUGUACCCCUUCAUUGACAACAAGAAACAAGUUUCCAACAGCUCUGUUAAGGUUGAAUAAUCAUACCCAGGCACAGUCGAGACAACAACAACAACAAAAAACUUAAAAUCAAAUGUCAUUUAAAUAGUUUUUCAUAUCGGUAAAAAGGAAAAAAAAUACCUUCUGCUUGUGUAGACCAAGCCAGGAUCCAAUCAUCAAGAGGCCAAAUCUAAAGAGGACUUUGGAUUUUGAAACUGAUCAUUCAGAAGUGUGCACUAUAUGAUGACUCAGCCAAGUGAUCAUCUGCAUCUAAACAACAUUUCAGUAAUGAUCAGAUCAAGUUUAAAGUCCCUUUCUUUUUUUUUUUACCAUAAACCUUUAAAAAGACUAAAUAUGUAACAAUGAUCAAAUACUGGACUGACCAAAAGGGGAAUGGGAGUGUCUUUAAUAUUACUGUAAGUAACUUAAUAAUGUACCUGAAUAUUGCGCUGUAUUAUGUUUACAUAAAAUAAAAUGACUGAAAACCACUGGUCUGAACACACAGUCUGAUGUAAUGAGCACCAAGUACGGUUCGGUAUUAAGAACGGUUUCUGAACUGAAAUCCACAUUCAAACUUAAUAAAUAACAUGGAUUCUUUAAGAAACAUGAUUUUUUUAUAAAAAGGCUUAUUUUGGAUUUACUUGCACGUUCUCCAUUUGCAAGUGUGGCUAAUCUGAAAAGACAUCAGUAACAUGGUAAUACAUAAUCACUGUUUGGGCACAAGAAAAGACAACAUUUAUGUUAUAUACUACAUGUACAUUACUACACAAUGCAUGAAGGCUAAACUUCAUACUAAAAUUUAGCCUUUGGAUUUUAUAGCAAACUAUACAUUUAAUAUAAGAACUUUGCUACAUUUGAUUGUUACUUUACAGAGGGUUUAUCUUUUCUAACUCCAUGUACAUUAUUGGAGACAAUCAUAUUUUAUAUUUAUGCCCGA